GUACUUAUAUCGAGUUGACGGGGCGAGGAUUCAGUCCAGUCACGAUGCUCGCCUGUUCCUUCCAAAGCAGGAGUUAAGUGAACAAAACACAGUCGCCUCGCGACCGGCGCAGUCUUCAGUCUGUCUGCCUCUUUUAGGUUAGGUCGUGCCUGAGCUUUUAUGUAACAAUUAACUAAGUAUAUAACUAAAAUAAGUGAAAAAUGUGAAACUUACAUAACUUCGUGUAUUCGUUCGUUAAACGUGACUUUUCACAGAUUGAAGCAUCUGUGAGUUUCCUUAAUUCGUGAUGGGAAGACGGAUUUCUUAAACUUAGAAAACAUUCAGAAAAAACAACGGCGCCAUGGUAGAGAAGUUGCACACCUAUCAGGGCGUCCUCGGUCGCCUUCACGCGUGGCGAGACGCUGUCAGGGCGCAGUGGUGCGCCGUGAAGGAGGAACACUGCCACGAGUGUAAGGAUGGAAGUGGGAUCCUGGUUCGGCUCUUCGGAAAGAAACCUCCCACAAAUGAGACCCAACAGGACUCUCCUUUGAGGGGUGAGACGGCAGACUACUCGCACGCAUUCAGGAGGAAGACCCGCUGUGAGCUGGUAAGAAUUUCGGCUGCUGUGAUGGGCGUCGAGUUCUCGUACGCAGCGGAAACUGCGUUCGUCUCGCCCAUUCUACUCAAAAUCGGAGUGCAACACGAGCACAUGACGCUGGUGUGGGCGCUGUCGCCCAUCGUCGGCUUCUUCGUCACGCCUCUUCUGGGAUCCAUCAGCGACCGCUGCAACCUUCGAUUCGGCAGACGUCGACCGUUCAUACUCAUCCUAGCGCUAGGAAUCCUCACAGGGUUGCUGCUGGUUCCCAACGGCGAAGCCAUCGGGCGCGCCUUGGGGGACACCUACCCGUCCCGAACUCCCAGCGUCAACUCAACGCUGGAACCGGACGCAAAUGACUCGCACCCCUGGAGCGUCAUCUUCACCGUGCUGGGAACCGUGCUCCUGGACUUCGACGCGGACGCCUGUCAGAGCCCGUCCAGGUCGUACCUCCUGGACAUAACCGUACCAGAAGACCACGCACGUGGACUGAGCACCUUCACAGUAAUGGCGGGUCUCGGGGGCUGCAUGGGUUACGCCCUGGGAGCCGUCAACUGGGACGUCACUGCUUUUGGAGAGAUGCUUGGAGGUCACGUGAGAGCGGUGUUCACCCUCAUUACGGUGAUCUUCGUCGUCUGCGUAGCGGUGACCGUGUCGAGCUUCAGGGAGAUUCCUCUGGAACUGCAUGAUCAGGUGUCAAAUCCGAAAGAAAAGGCCUCUGACAAGGGGAUUCUGGAAGGAGGCGAAGUCGGAUCGUACGGGACUGUGGUUCGAACUUCACGGCGAGAAUGUCAGGACCCGUAUCACCCAAUUGACGGUCUGGACACCGCUGGCAAUGGCUACGUCAACUAUGGUUAUGACGAGAGUUACCACCAAGAAAUGAGAAUCGAAGAGACAUCUUUUAUCAGACCCAACACUAAGGAAGUGGCCAGCGGCUGUGCUGUUGACAAAACCAGCGCCUCUCUACUGCAGUACCUGCUGUCCAUCGUGUACAUGCCGAGUUCCCUGCGAAUUCUGUGCGUGACCAACCUGUUCUCCUGGAGCGCCCACGUCUGCUACUCUCUCUAUUUUACCGACUUUGUAGCAGAAGCCGUUUUCAAAGGCGACCCCAAGGCAGCAGAUGGCACCUUGGAGAGGGAACUGUUUGAAGAGGGGGUCAGAUUCGGAUGCUGGGGAAUGUCAAUGUACUCGCUGUCCUGUGCUUUCUACUCCCUUAUCAUCGAACGUCUGAUUAAGAAGUUUAGGGCUCGGAAUGUGUACAUAAGUGGACUGCUGUUGGACAGCGUGGGGAUGUUGAUGCUGGCUGUAACCAGACACAGAUAUGCAGUGAUUGUCUUCUCGGCUUCAGCGGGCGUCAUGUACUCGACUCUGUUCACGAUGCCAUAUCUCCUGGUGGCACAUUACCACGCCUCAGGAACGUUUAAAAUAACAAAGGACGGAGAAGCCGUUCGUGACGCCCAGCUCCGAGGACUGGGGACUGACGUCGCAAUCGUGAGCAGCAUGGUGUUUCUAGCCCAGUUCAUUCUCUCCAUGUGCAUGGGGUCUAUUGUGAGCCUGUUUGGCACCACGACCACAGUCGUCGGCGUCGCUGCCAUCCUCAGCUUCUUUGGAGCCAUCGCAGCCUCUCAAGUUAUGUACCUGGAACUGUGAAUUUCUGCAGACGAACAACGAACUUCUCCCAUUUCAGUGUAACAUCUCGAUAUACUCGUGGUCAGCCAUAAUAGUCGCAGAGCUGCACCUCAACCACGGGCCAUGUUUCCUUGUG